AAGGCGGAAGCGGAAGUCGGGGGCGCGCCUCCUCGCGGAGAAGGAGGCCGCGGCGUCGGGUCCGGCUGGGGUCGCCAUGGGGCGCGGUAGCGGCACCUUCGAGCGUCUCCUAGACAAAGCGACCAGCCAGCUGCUGCUGGAGACCGACUGGGAGUCCAUCCUGCAGAUCUGUGACCUGAUCCGCCAGGGGGACACGCAGGCCAAGUAUGCUGUGAGCUCCAUCAAGAAGAAGGUCAACGACAAGAACCCCCAUGUGGCCUUGUACGCGCUGGAGGUCAUGGAGUCCGUGGUGAAGAACUGCGGCCAGACGGUCCACGACGAGGUGGCCAACAAGCAGACCAUGGAGGAGCUGAAGGAGCUGCUGAAGAGGCAGGUGGAGGCCAGCGUCCGGAACAAGGUCCUGCACCUGAUCCAGGCCUGGGCGCACGCCUUCCGGAACGAGCCCAAGUACAAGGUGGUCCAGGACACCUACCAGAUCAUGAAGGUGGAGGGGCACGUCUUCCCGGAGUUCAAGGAGAGCGACGCCAUGUUUGCUGCGGAGAGAGCCCCCGACUGGGUGGACGCCGAGGAGUGCCACCGGUGCCGGGUGCAGUUCGGGGUGGUGACCCGCAAGCACCACUGCCGGGCCUGCGGCCAGAUCUUCUGCGGCAAGUGCUCCUCGCGCUCCUCCACCAUCCCCAAGUUCGGCAUCGAGAAGGAGGUGCGCGUGUGCGAGCCCUGCUACGAGCAGCUCAACAAGAAAGCGGAAGGCAAGGCCCCCCCCACGACGGAGCUGCCCGCGGAGUACCUGACCAGCCCCCUGUCGCAGCAGUCCCAGCUGCCCCCCAAGCGGGACGAGACGGCCCUGCAGGAGGAGGAGGAGCUGCAGCUGGCGCUGGCCCUGUCGCAGUCGGAGGCGGAGGAGAAGGAGAGGAUGAGACAGAAGUCCACGUACACCGCCUACCCCAAGGCGGAGCCCACCCCCGUGGCCUCGUCGGCGCCCCCUGCCAGCAGCCUGUACUCUUCGCCCGUGAACUCGUCGGCACCGCUGGCCGAGGACAUGGACCCCGAGCUCGCCCGGUACCUGAACCGGAACUACUGGGAGAAGAAGCAGGAGGAGGCGCGGAGGAGCCCCACGCCGUCCGCGCCCGUGCCCCUGGCGGAACCGGCCGCCCACCCGGGGGAGGGGCACGCCGCCCCCGCGAACGCCGUGGAGGCGCCCCUCCCGGAGACAGACCCUCAGCCUGCACCUCCCUCCGGCGGCCCCUAUAGCGAGGUCCAGAACGGGGAGUCGGAGGAGAGCCACGCGCAGUUCCUGAAGGCCCUGCAGAACGCCGUCAGCACCUUCGUCAACCGCAUGAAGAGCAACCACGUGCGCGGCCGCAGCAUCACCAACGACUCGGCCGUGCUGUCCCUCUUCCAGUCCGUCAACGGCCUGCACCCCCAGCUGCUGGAGCUGCUCAACCAGCUGGACGAGCGCCGGCUGUACUACGAGGGGCUGCAGGACAAGCUGGCGCAGAUCCGCGACGCCCGGGGGGCGCUGAACGCCCUGCGGGAGGAGCACCGGGAGAAGCUGCGCCGGGCGGCCGAGGAGGCCGAGCGGCAGCGCCAGAUCCAGCUGGCCCAGAAGCUGGAGAUCAUGCGGCAGAAGAAGCAGGAGUACCUGGAGGUGCAGAGGCAGCUGGCCAUCCAGCGCCUGCAGGAGCAGGAGAAGGAGCGGCAGCUGCGCCUGGAGCAGCAGAAGCAGACCAUCCAGAUGCGGGCCCAGAUGCCCGCCUUCGCCCUGCCCUAUGCCCAGCUCCAGGCCAUGCCCACCGCGGCGGGAGGCGUGCUCUACCAGCCCUCGGGCCCCACAAGCUUCCCGGGGACCUUCAGCCCCGCGGGCUCGGUGGAGGGCUCCCCCAUGCACACCGUGUACAUGAGCCAGCCGGCGCCCGCCAGCGGCAGCCCCUACCCCAGCGUGCCCGGGGCCGGAGCAGACCCCAGCAUGGUGAGCGCCUACAUGUACCCGGCAGGAGCCACUGGCGCACAGGCCGCACCCCAGGGCCCAGCCGGGCCCAGUGCCAGCCCCGCCUACUCCUCCUACCAGCCCACCCCCACCCAGGGCUAUCAGAACGUGGCCUCCCAGGCCCCGCAGAGCCUCCCGGCCCUCGCCCAGGCCCCGCAGUCCGGGGGCAUGGGCUACAUGGGCAGCCCGGCCGUGUCCAUGGGCUACCAGCCCUACAGCAUGCAGAACCUCAUGACCACCCUCCCCAGUCAGGAUGCACCCCUGCAGCCCCCUCAGCAGCCCUACAUGUCGGGGCAGCAGCCCCUGUACCAGCAGAUGGCGCCCUCUGGUGGCCCUCCCCAGCAGCCACAGCCCAUGGCCCAGCAGCCGCCCGUGCAGGGCCCGCAGGUGCAGGGCAGUGAAGCCCAGCUCAUCUCGUUCGACUGACCCGGGGCCAGCCCACCUCCCAGAGUAACACUACGCUCCGAGACCUCCGCCUCCGACUAGCACGUCUCCCCUCCCACUCCUGCCUCUUCCCGCCCUCCCCGUCCCCAAGCUGGUCCAUCUCUGACUUCUCUCUCCAUGGCUGGGCCUCGGGCACGGGGCAGACCUGAGCAUCUCCUCCGACGGAAGCCCCAGCCUGCUGCGUGGGCUCCCCCUGCCCUGGGGGUCUCCCUAGAGCCCUCUAGUGCGACCCUGGCCCCCCGGGGAGGGGUGGGGGCUUGUCCCCAGCUCCUCUGCUUCCGUGCUGGCUUGUCAUCUCAUCCAGUGCUCCCAGUAGAUGGAAUGAACAGCGAUAAUAAAGUCUCUCUAACCAGGA